AAACAAGUGGAGUGUUAAGAUUUGAAAAAACUAGAGUAGAACUUAUAUUGGAAACAAGCGAGCAAGAAGUAGCACAAGAAAAACAAGAAAAUCAACAAAAAGGAGUGAAGGUGAGACUGAAGGCACCCGGAGAACCGCGACCUUGGUGGUCGCCUGACAAAGCUGAUGAUGACCCUGAUUGGAACAAUCGAAUCGCUACCCAUGAUGGAGAAAACAAUGUGAAAACUUAUGUUAAAGUAAAAGGAAGGGCGGCUGGUUAUAUUCGCGACAUUGUUAAAAACGGAACCUUAGCUAGACUUCACCCUCACUUUUUCACCAAAGAGCAAUUUAAGGAAUUAAAACAAUUACUUCCUGAUAACCGAGUUUGUAAAGAGCCACAUUGUUAUAAUAAUCACAUUUUUCAAAGGGGAAGUGGUAAACACUGGGCGACAGUGGAGAAUGGAGUUUGUAAUUAUCACCGUGCUAAAAGAGAGGGUAAGUUUGCGGAGUAUGACCGCGAGGAAGUCAAACCGUAUGAUAAUCCGCUUGGUCCUAACUUCGAUGAUUUUCCAGUUUCUAUCCAGGAAUUAAUAGAGAAAAUUUUUAAUGAU